CGGGUGAACUCGAUCAGGUGGUAACCUCCCUCCGACGCAAAGAUGGCCUUCGCUUGCGCUGGCGCCAUCUUCGUCAUCCCCGAUGGAGCGAUGGAUCAUCGGCUGCCUUCAACACUGACGAUGAUGGGAAGGCAUCUGGCGCAGAUGAGCGGGCGGGUGGGGGGCGGUAGCCUGGCGGAAGGGGUAGAAUGGAUGGGGAUGACUAGCAGCUUGCCGUCGUCGGGGGCGUGCUUGGCCAACUGCGCAGGCCCAUCGCUUGCGCGGGAGUCGGCCGCGACACAAGGAAGACUUCCGCCGCUAUGGACACCCCCACCAGGUCGCACACCGAGCUUGCGACCGUUAGCCGGGCUGAGGCAACGUUGCCAUCGUUGCCGCCAGCAUUUACGCAUCGCAGUUCCUCGCGCAGCUGCGCGACAGCCCGGCGGAUUGGGUCGCGCACAGCAGCAAGCACUAGGCGAACGCCGCACACUAGGAGCUCGUCCCUUGGGCGCCAGGCAACCGCUCGGAAUUGGCAGAGAUCGCGUCGGGAUGCGCAGUCGUCGGGCUUUGAAGAAAACGGCGUGCGUCAUGGAGCCUCCUAAAAUGGAGAAGGGUGAAUCAUCUGGUCUGGACCACGAGCUUGUUGUCCCAGGCAGCGGAUUGACACCAUCGGGAACUGGGGGGCCAGACUCAGUGAAGGAUGCAUGGAAGGUUCUCCCGGACGUUUGGGAAGUGGCUGCAAGUGCAUAUGGCGAUGAUGUGGCCAUUUUGGAUCCUCACUUCAAUCCGCCUACACAGUUCACUUUUAAGGAGCUGGCAGAGUCGAUCCUUGAUUUUGGUGAAGGAAUUCGAGUCUUUGGCAUGAACAAAGGGGAGACAAUCUCUCUUUUCUCAGAGAAUUCCCACAGAUGGCUUAUUGCUGAUCAAGGGGCAAUGGUUGCAGGAGUGAUUGAUGCUGUGCGUGGAGCGAAGGCCCCUCCACAAGAGCUCGCCCAUAUUUUUUGCCAUUCUGACAGUUCAGCCAUGGUUCUUGAAAAUGAGGAGCUUCUAGAAAAACUGUUACCACAUCUAGAGAGCAAGGGUUCCCCAAACGUCAAAUUUGCGGUGGUACUGAAAGGUGACGACGUUCGGGAGGAAAUCAGAGCCAAAACACCAUUCCCAAUUCAUACCUAUGCCGAAAUUAUUGCAGCUGGUCAUGCAAGCAGGCAAGCAUUGGCUGUUACAAACAGAGCAGACAAUUCUCAAGCUCCAUCCGUGAGACCUGAUGAUGUGGCUACACUUGUUUAUACCUCUGGUACAACUGGUAACCCAAAAGGAGUCAUGCUCACACAUGAGAACUUGCUCCACCAGGUCAAGAAUCUGGUAGAUGUAAUUCAGCCCGAGCAGAAGAGGACUCUUCUGAGCAUUCUUCCACCAUGGCACAUGUAUGAACGCUCUGCAGAGUAUUUUUUCAUGAGUCAUGGAGGGCGCCUGGUGUACAGCAAUGUACAGAAUUUUAAGGAUGACUUAACAAGAUAUCCCCCUGACUACUUCGUUGCCGUUCCCCUUGUCUUCGAUGUGCUCUACAAUGGAGUUCAGAAGCGGCUCGCCUCAGCCUCAGCUACUCGACAGAAGAUUGCAGCUAUUCUCAUGGCCAUUAGCAAGAAGUAUCAACAGUCUAAGAGAGUGUGGGAGGGCUUAGCCAUAGCAGUUUCACGACAAGCUCGCAACUCUGUUCACAGCUUCGGAGAGUGGUUGGUGGCGGGUAUUGUGAUGAUGUUAUUGCGUCCUCUUAAUCGAUUGGCACAGGUGCUUGUAUAUAGAAAGAUCCGAUUAGCGCUGGGGAUCACCACGGUUGCAAUCAGUGGUGGAGGAAGUCUAGCACCCCAUGUGGAUGAAUUUUUCCAGAUUAUAAUCGGGCUUCCGCUCCUAAAUGGCUAUGGGUUGACUGAGACCUCACCAGUACUUACUGCAAGAAGAAUUAAUGCAAAUGCUUUGGGCUCGGUUGGGCCGCCAGUGCCGUUCACAGAAGUUAAGGUUGUCGACCCUGUUACUGGUGAGAGCAUGCCAGAUGGUGUGAAAGGUCUUGUGAAAGUCAAGGGACCUCAAGUCAUGAAGGGCUAUUACAAGAAUCCAGCUGGGACGAUUGCAAUUAUAGAUGAGGAUGGCUGGUUUGACACAGGGGAUCUUGGCUGGAUAAGCCCCAAGAGCAAGAACCUAGCUUCGAGAAACUGCGGAGGAAUGCUUGUACUGGAAGGAAGGGCCAAGGACACUAUUGUCCUUUCCAGUGGUGAGAACGUCGAACCUGGUCCUCUGGAAGAAGCGAUACUGAAGAGCAAUCUGAUAUCGCAGGUUAUGUUGGUUGGGCAGGAUCAGCGGAAGAUAGGCGCUCUUAUUGUGUCCAACAAGGAAGAGCUGCAUGCUGCUGCUGUAGCCCACAAGCUAUCCCAGGGUGACAAUUCUCCCCCAGCUGAAAAUGACUACAGGGAGCUAAUCAGACAAGAGUUGAGGAAAUGUGUAAAUUCAUCAAAAGGUUUCCGAACACAGGACUCUGUCGGACCAUUUGUACUUAUUGAUGAACCAUUCUCGAUCGAGAAUGGGAUGCUGACUGCCACCAUGAAGAUGAAGAGAGAUGUUAUUUCGGAUAAAUAUGCGGACAAGAUAAAAGCUCUUUUUUGAGUGACAAAAAGUGACAUACUUGGGACACUGGUCACUGGUGGAACUCGGGAACUCCAGUCUCGCUGGAACUUGGAACUUGGGACCACCAUACUUGUUGUGAAAGGUGGCACUCUCUCAGCUGCUACCCCCUGCCCCCCUGCUAUGAGUCUCUGCCCAUCCAUUGGCUUUUCCAGGUUUUUUUUCCCCUUUUUCUUUUGUUAAAUAGCCCGGACAAUUCACUGUGUAAUAUUGUGUAUGUGCUUUUGGAUCGUUUGCUCUCUCUGUGCUGUGAUGGGACCAGAAGCUCAUCUGACACAGUCUGACGGUUUCUGGUCAGGCGAUCACAGCCAGCUUGAUUUCCUUGUAUUGAUUUUGUAUGAUUAUUAGUUUAUGCGUAAAUAACUUAUCUUCCAAACAAGCCGUUGGGAACGCCUGUUCCCGCUGAUUCUGUCUAUAGACAUGUUGGGGAGUUGUUUGUGCGCCCAUCGGUGCCUUCCUACCACUUUACAACCUAGGUUUCGCUGGUCCUAGCUGGGUUGGGUGGGGCCCACCAGCUGGGACAAGUCAUGUUGCCCUGCUCCCCUGCCAAACUGUGUCACUCUAGUGAAACCAACUUCAUGUGUCCCAGCUGGUGGGGCCCACCAGCUGGGACAAGUCGUAACACACGGAUUUUCAUGUACGCUAACGUUAGCUAGCCUCCAUGACUAUUCCUUGGAUUGACUAUUAGUCUCUUCUGCUAUUUGGCUUUGACUGCCUACCUGCGUCGCUCCUUGCGCGCUGUAUGCUGAUGAGACUGCUUGUGCAUACUGGCAAAGAAUUCAAAAAAUCCAUGACCUUAUUUCCCCUCGACUGCGGGAAAGACCUAAUUAUACCCCUUGUGCACGCCUCAUGCAGUGCUCGUCAAUCGUUGCACAUCUCCGGGCAAAGGCAAACAACUCUGGCGAGGUCCGUCUGCACGCUCCACAUCAGCGUCUUCGAGUCCUUAACUCCAGCGAUGAAGAAGCUAUAUGUGUGCCUUUUUUGCUUAGUACCUUCUGCUCGAGGACAGUCAAUGACCUUCUCUUUCUCUCUGCGGAAAGUCGGCCCCACAUCCGAGUCUAGUUGAGCCCGCCUCAGGGAGGCCAAUUACCUUCACUGCUAGGUCCAGUGAAGAAGAGAAGGAAGCUAUCGGGUCUCCUUCCGCACCUCAUGUCCACAAGCGCAUUUCAUGCAGCUCAGCUCCGCGCGCGACAAUGCUGUGCACCCUCUUCUCCCCGGUACUCUGCUUGCACUGUACGCGCCUAUACAAGCCUCUUUUUUUUUUCUUUUUUUUUCAGUUCCUCUGGGCAACCGCAGGCGAAAUUCCGAAAAAUGACUUUUUUGGCUUAGGCAAUGAAGAGAAGGGUUGCAGGAAAGAGUUUCCGGAAAAAGGGUUUCUCCAUUUCGCUCCCUGGCAAUUCCUGCAAAUUUUUGAAAGACUCCCUGGCAAUUCCUGCAAAUUUUUGAAAGACUAAGUUCUCUUGAGUUGGGCCGUACUGGUUGACAUGGAAAAGCGGACGCAAAGAGUGCUUGCUAGGGGAACGGCAGCUUAUAUAGCUGUCGUCUCCAGUGCUACUAAGAUUAAUUGAGGGAGUGCAGAGGAGGGAGAAGAGUGGACCUCGUCGUCCUCCUCGUGAUGAGGAGGCCAUCAAAUGUCCCAAGAUGCUCGCUGCGGAAAGUUGGGCCCACAUGUUAGCUGAGUGGUGCCGACAAUGUAGUCGGGGGGAACUUGGGAUUGGGUCCACUUGGGCGCACAAUGUGGUUGGGCGGAACUUCGGCUCAGGGGCGCAAUUUAUUUGGGCAGAACUUGCGCUUGGGCUCACAGUCUAGUCGGGCGGAGCCUGGGCUUGGGCAUACAAUUUCGUCGGGCGGAAAUUGGGCUUGGGUGCAUAGUUUCAUCGGGCGGAACUUGAGUUGGGACUCGGGAACAUAAUUUCCUCGGGCGGACUUGGGCUUCGGGGCACAGAUCCAUUGGCCGGAAUUUUUGUUUGGGUGCGUCGAUCAGUUGGGCGCGACUUGGGCUUGGGUGCACAGUUUAACUGCAGUGCAGUGGUGGGAGGAACUUGGGAUUGGACGCACAAUUCAGAUGGGCCCACAAUUCAGUUGUGGCUACACAAUUGACUGCCGUACAAACAUCUGCUGCAGCGCCAUUCAGGUACCUUAUGUUGGUGGCCAAGAACUUGCAACGAGGUCCUGGUGAGAAUUACAAAACCGGCGCUUCUCUCACGCUCAAUCGUGCAUCAACGGACUGAACACAUUGAAAACUGGAAGAAAGAUCGGCGGCGGAGCCUGUGAGCCUGUGAGGAGAGUGUGAAACCAUAAGAUCUUGAGUGGACGUCAGCUCGUCACAGCAGUUAGAAAGUAGCGGUAGAGAAAUUGCACAAUGCUGUCUCCAUUAGCACGGACUCAGAACACUCGGACUGAGCACAAUCUUAAAUCUUACUUGCUGCAGGCGGGCUUCCAGGGCUUGCGACAAGUUCAUGGGUUGGUUUCAUGUCCUUAUUUUUGCAUGGUUUGCAGGUUCAGCAUGGCAGUUUUUUGCACUUCUUUUAAGUUCUUUUUCUUUUUUUUUGCACUUUUUGUAUCAUACUCGCCAAGAAUAGCGCACUCUCUGUAACCAUGGAAUGGAUCGUUUUCUGGUGAGUCGUGGUGGGACUCUGUUCUGCAAAUACUUUGACUUUUGCGCGAACAUUGUAUUUCAAUUGUUAUG